AUGUACUGGGUUCUUGUCGCCCACCGCUCCAAGAGUCCAUCCUCCGACCAAAAAUCAUGGCCCCCAUCUUCCACGGAGGCAGCCGAACUUGCAACCCAGCUCAUCAGCUCCUGGAACCCAUAUACACGGACUAUCUUCGAGAUGUCAGAUGUGAGCCAAACAUCCAUCCGCUCACUGCUGUCUGCGGUCCCGGCAAUGCCACCAUGGAGACCGUCAUCUCGAGUCACUCUGCUCGACGACGCAGCUCAUGUUAUGCCCCCCACUGGAGCCAUGGGAGCCAAUACUGCUCUGCGAGAUGCGGCUGAUCUGGCACGCCAGGUUGUUGCUGCUGGUGGUGCUCGAAAUGUGAGUAGGGAGGUCAUUGGAUCCUAUGAGUCAGGUAUGAGAGAUUUCGUCAAGAUGGCUAUAGAGAUGAGCUGGAGGGGUGGUAUGAGGAGCUUUGGACUUAGGCCCAGUGGAGGAAUAUGA